AUGAAGAAUAGCAGUGAUCAUACGAUAAAUAUAAUCUCCAGUGAAAGAUCGAUUUCUGAGAUCGAUGGUUCUGUAUCUUUUAGAUUUGUGAGAUCGCCGUUUUAUGAGCCAGAAUGUUUGCUAUUGGAUUCAGUAAUGAGUGUUAACCCUUGUAACGAAAGGAUGACAGAGACAGUACGCUUUACAAUAGAUCAACAUUGGGUAAAUAUUUUACAAAAAAAAUCAGGUUAUAAACUUCAUUUAUUUUCUGGAGAAGUAAAUGACAUAGAAUCUGAUGAUGAUAAUCUGAUGUAUAUAAAAUUUCCAUGGCCUAAUGAACUACGAUUCAAUAAUGAAAUUAUUAAGGAUAAUAUUAAAGGUUUGAAAAAUCAAAAGGGUACAACUAACCCCGCUGAUUUGACAAAUUAUUUGAGAUUAGAUGGUGAACAAAAUCAACUAGAAUUUGUACAUGGUGCUUUAAAGAGUGAAUAUGUAAUGUGCUGUUGUAUUGUAAGAUGUGUCAGUCCAGAUCAAUUAUUACUCGAGAUACUGGAACAUAGUGAAAUUGUACCUCUUUCCCAAACUGUGAAACUUAUUACAGAUGGAGAUGAAGAAGGUGAUAUACUGGCCUCAUCAUUCAUACUAUCACUAAAGUGUCCAAUUUCGUUUAAAAAAAUCCAGUACCCUAGUAGAUCUAAGUUUUGUAAUCAUAUUGAAUGCUUUGACUCGUAUUGGUAUUUGGUUUCUCAAUCACAGAUUCCUAAUUGGAAAUGUCCUAUUUGUAGUUCAAAAGCUAAAUUAGAAGAUUUAGUGAUUUGCGAACUUGUAAGCGAUAUAUUGGAAAAUUGUGAGGAUGAAGUUAGUCAAGUUAAAUUCUAUUCAGAUGGUAGUUGGGAAGAAAUAUUUGAUUCAGAUACAGAUUCGUUAAAAUCGACAGACUCAUUAACUAUUACUCAAAUAAAUUCAUCUAGCAUGAUUCAUAGUUCAGAAGAACCUGAUAUGGAUUUAAUUAUUUGUUUGGAUAGCGAUGACGAUAGUGUUGACAAUGAUAAAACUCAUAGUCUGGAUAUUUUGAACUUUGAGGAGGAAGUUGUCCAUAGAGUAAGUAAGACUACCAAUACAGAAAUUUUAAAUGACCCAAGUAGUAGUCAGGUUCUUCAUGCAUCUGACCAGAGUUUGGACCCAAAUCUAAUGGGUGAGUUGUCUAUGAAUGGAUUACUGUCAGAAUCUUCACCUAGAAGAGAGCAAAGCAAAAUUAUUGUUCCAAACAUUUUGGGAGGGACACCAUUAAAUGAUGAUAGUUUUAUGACAGAUGAUGAAAAUAGAAUACUUUCACCUUCCUCAACAUUUGGGUCUUUGUCAUUCUCAGCGGAUAGUUUUUCUCUUCUUGAAUAUGAAAAACCGAGUAAAAAGUCACAAUUACGAAAAUCCACCACACCAGAUAUUAGCAUUAUUACUAUAGACGAUUCGGAGUCUGAUAUAAACUUACAAAAUACUACACCUAUAAAAAAUCAGUCCACGAUCAAGAGACAAUCGACGAUUAAUAUUCCAAGAGAUAAAAAAUCUCAAUCACUGCAUGAGAUGUUGCUGGGGAAGUCUCGACCACAUAAAUAG